CUCUCUCUCUCUCUCUCUCGCUCUGCUUGUCUCCUUCUCAUUCAAUUACAUUCUCCUAAUCUUCUAUCAUCAUGCCUGCUGGAUCUGUUCUCGUCACAGGUGGCACUGGCUACAUUGGCUCCUUCACCACCCUCGCUCUCCUCGAGGCCGGUUACAAGGUCGUCGUUGCUGAUAACCUCUACAAUUCCUCCGCAGAGGCUCUGAACCGCAUUGAAUUGAUCUGUGGCAAGAAGGCUGAGUUCGCUCAGCUUGAUGUGACUGAUGAGGCUGCCUUUGAUAAGGUCUUUGAAGCUCACCCCGACAUUGACAGCGUUAUCCACUUCGCUGCUCUGAAGGCUGUCGGUGAAUCUGGUGAGCGUCCUCUGGACUACUACCAUGUUAACGUAUAUGGCACCAUCUGCCUCCUGCGCUCCAUGGUCCGCCACAAUGUCACCAACAUUGUCUUCUCCAGCUCCGCCACCGUCUACGGUGAUGCCACCCGUUUCCCCAACAUGAUCCCCAUCCCCGAAGAGUGCCCUCUCGGCCCUACCAACCCUUACGGCAACACCAAAUUCGCCGUUGAGACCGCCAUCACCGAUCUCAUCAACGCUCAGCGCAACAACGCCAUCAAGGCCGGAAACGAGGCUGAGGCCACCAAGUGGAACGCCGCUUUGCUCCGCUACUUCAACCCUGCUGGUGCCCACCCCAGCGGUAUCAUGGGCGAGGACCCUCAGGGUGUCCCCUACAAUCUGCUUCCCCUCCUGGCCCAGGUCGCCACUGGCAAGCGCGAGAAGCUGCUCGUCUUCGGAGACGACUACGAGUCCCAUGACGGAACCGCCAUCCGUGACUACAUCCACAUCCUCGACCUGGCUGACGGCCACUUGAAGGCCCUUAACUACCUCCGCUCCAACAACCCCGGAGUCCGUGCCUGGAACCUGGGUACCGGCCGUGGCAGCACUGUGUACGAGAUGGUCCGCGCCUUCUCCAAGGCUGUCGGCCGCGACCUGCCCUACGAGGUCGCUCCCCGUCGGGCUGGUGAUGUCCUCAACCUGACUUCCAACCCCAGCCGUGCCAACAAGGAGCUCGGCUGGAAGGCAGAGCGUACCCUCGAGCAGGCCUGCGAGGAUCUCUGGCUGUGGACCCGCAACAACCCCCAGGGAUACCGGCAACAGCCCCCCGCCGAGCUGCUGGCACAGCUGAAGAAAUAGAUAAUAUAUGAGACAUUUUUUAUUGGUUUUGGGAUAGUUUGAAUGGGGAUCGAUUUCACGAAAAGUGUGGGGAAAGGGAAUAGUGACGAAUUACCCGACUGAACAUGUUAGAUUGAAUGAGACGAAUUUCUUUUCUUUUCCUUUCACUCCCACACACACACACACACACACACACACACACACACACUCUCUCUCUCUCUCUCUCUCUCUCUCUCUCUCUCUCUCUCUCUCUAUUGUGCCCAAGGCUCUGAUUCUCCUACUGCUUCACUAGAUACAGAUAUGUAAAAUAGCUGGGAGGAUGUUGCAGG